AUGAAGAAUGCUGGAGGUGACACCUAUGGAGUAGCACGAGAUCCUCAAACUGGGGAGCUUUCUGAUCUGGACCAACAGGUGUGGAUUCUUCAUGGUCAGGCCCUUGUGGUAGUUCCACGGAAUAAAAAUGUGAUCUCAGUCACUGUCACCAUUAUCGCAUGCAAGUAUCCAGAGUCCCUUGAGCAAAAUAAAGGGACUCCCAUUUAUUUGGGAAUCAAAAAUCCAGAUAUGUGUCUAUUCUGUGAGGAUGUUGAUGGACAGCCCACGUUGCAACUGAAGAAGGAGAAGAUUAUGGAUCUGUACCACAAACCUGAGCCUGUGAAGCCCUUUCUUUUUUACCACAUCCAGACGGGUGGCACCUCUACUUUUGAGUCUGUGGCCUUUCCAGGCUGGUUCAUCGCCUCCUCCAAGAAAGGCCAGCCAAUCUUCCUCACUUCAGACCAAGGAAAAUUUUAUAAUAUUAAUUUCAAUUUAGAUAUAAGCCCUUGA